CGUUGAGGACCUAAAUAGUUACAGGAGGAGGGCCAUAUUUACCCCGAUUGAUACGAUAAUAACAGUGAAAUUUCUUCUCAAAUGCUCCAAAGGGCUAAAUAGCUGAGAAAACCAUGUCCGAAGAACUCACUAUGCAAUUCAAUUUAUACACCAGUCAGCGAAGGACUUUCUUCUUGCGGAGGAUGGACUGGAAUUACUUUCGCCCGCCCUGAGAACUGACGUCCUAGGACAAAGCCACGAGCGACUGAAGCAGUGUUGUCUCAAUUACAUUGAAACCGAUACCAUUUCUCCUUCCGGAGGAUGGAGGAAGAUUUCUUCAAUGGAAGAAGCAUUUCCAUUUUUGGUAUAUGCUUAUACUAGUGUGCUGUAUCACGCCGACGUAGCAGCGGGAGCUGGAAUAUUGCACGAGGACUUUAUUACAACUAUCAGGGGCGACAAAUGGUUUCAAGUUUAUGAUGACUGACUACCUUGUCAAGGCCAGUUGUUAUGUUUGUAUUAGCUUCGGACAAUCUGCCAAAUCUCAUCAGAAUUCACCCGUCCAGCCUGUCAUAUCUCGACGACGAAGCUAGGAGGUGGAGUACCCCUUUUUCCAUAGUGAGCACCAGGGGGAACAAAACCAUCAAGGCAUUCAUAGAAGUAUAGGCAAAAGCUCUCCCCGACAAUCCUCACAUCCAAACCCUCGCCCGAAGUUUGUGCGAGGACAUCGAUCGAUCGAUCUCGUACCGGCCGGCAAUCCGUGGCACGCGCCGCACUGUAUCACCCCCCGACACUCAUUGAUUUCCUGCUGGAAACCAGAAGAUGGACGCUAGACAGCAAGCAUGACAAUGGUCGGACACUGCUGUCACAGGUCAUUUGUCUUAGACCGGGUACAGAUGUUGUCAAGUUGCUGCCUGAGAAGUACAAAGUUGAUCCUAACUCAUAGGAUAACUUGGGCCGCACACCACUGUCACUUGCUGUUGAAUAUGAACAGAAUGAGAAGGUUGUUGAGCUGCUACUUCAGAAUCCCCAAGUCAAUCCUGUGGCAUCAGAUAGCAGAGGUCGCACACCACUGUCAUAUGCUAUUUGUGCUGGGUUUAAUAAUGGAGAGUCGGAGAGUUGAUCCUAACUCGCGAGGUAAUAGUGGUCGAACACCACUAUCCUAUGCUGCACAAUAUGGGCACCGCCAUGCUAUGAAGCUACUACUUAACACUAGCAAAGUCGAUGUUGAUUCAGAGGACAAUAUAGGUCGAACACCUCUAUCCGAUGCUGCACAAUAUGGGAAGCAGGAAGUUAUCCCGCUACUGCUUCACACCGACAAAGUUGAUAUUGACUCGGUAGAUAAUAAUAAUAUGACACCACUAAAGUACGCCGAGAAGUCCGGAAUACCGAGACUGUCAAUUUGUUGCUUGAAAUUCGCAAAACUUUAUCGAAUCCACCACAGUUGUUCAAUGAAAUGGGUCGUCACAUGCCAGAAAACGAAGAGUAUCAUAUGUUGGUUUAACAGGUAAAUUAAAAAUGUUAGUAGUCAACACGGACACAGAUAACGAUCUGUAAUUCCAUUCUCUGCUGUGGGCGGAAACAAUCGAGUGAGCAGCACACGACGGGUUUUAUUGUUGCUUGGUAGGCACUUUUAAGGAGGAUCAAGAAGAUGCUUAUAUGGUCGGCGUUUGGUGGAUGUCCGGGAUGAAUUCGUUCUAGUGGUUUGUUGGGAUUGAGAAAGAGUGGAACUGGACUUGGAUUUUCAAGAAGUAUUUCAAGAAUGUCGUCUCUUUGACUGGGGAAAGAGAAAGGAAAGGAAUGGAAUUCAUAGAUUUACGUGGCUUCUCUACAUGUACGUACUUCGAAGUAGUCCGAAGGGUAGCAUACAUUAUGGGGAAUAAGGUAGUAGAUAUUACGUUGACUCGUGCAAUGGACAGAGGAAAGAGGUGUCCUUCGUUCAGAACGUUGACCUACAGAACAAACUCAUUUCCGGCUACAAAAGUAUGGAGAAACUUUCAUUCGUCGAUUUCAUUAGAUUUGGGAAUAUAA